CGACAAGAGGACAAGACUAACAAAUGAAAAUAAUAAGACAAUAAAAUAAAGAAUUAUUAUUAUGUAACAUACCAGUGCAAAAUACUAGGAAGUAUCGCAGUGACAUACGCAUUGGCUGGCAAACAAUAUUAUUUUUUUUUCUUUUACACAGAUUUUCCUUUUCAAAAGCUAAAUUUCCAACGCCAUAUACUUGCCAUCACACCACAGAAUUAUUGACCAUUACAGAUAAACAAACGCUAAGCACAUGACUUGCAAAUUUGGAAAAAACUCGACUUUUCUCGAACGCAAUGUAUUUUUAUACGACGAAAUAGGUUCAAGGUCGACGCAGGUGACAGGUGAAGGUCUGCCAGCCUGCAGACGUUUUGCAAAGUCAGCAUGACGUCACCGCCCGGCAAGAGCCUCGCUUUCAUGUGUUACAAAUGGAAGCACAUUUGACUGAUUAGAAUAUUUCCUUGACAACCGCAAACAAUACAAGUAUUCAAUUUAUUUUGUUUUAUCGUCAUAUCAUGUUUUAUUUACAAAGAAUUACGGAAUAGAAGAAUAUCUAUAGCAGAAUUUAAUAUUGUUCUACUUUCUUUGGCAAAAACCGUUUAUAUACAUUUCGAAUUCAAAAUGACUCAUGUCUCAAUUACCGCGAAAGGGCAUUCUAAUGGCGGGAAUCGAAGGAGACGUAUAAAACAAAUGGAAAUUAAAAAACAAAUCGACGAUGACUCGCUAAUGGCAAGCUCUUCAGGCGAUGUUACGUGGCUAGAACAAACGUUAAGAAGCAAUUUUAAAAAAGCCUUAAGUCAAACGAAAAAACAAGGUUUUAGUACAAUACAUUUGGCUGCAAUGAACGGUCAUUUGGAGUGCCUGAAAAUUCUGAUAGAAAAACAACGUGUGCCUGUCGAUUUGGAAAGCGAGACAGGAUGGAGGGCGGUUCAUCUUGCUAUUAAUACAAAGAAUAAAACAAGAUCACUAAAGUGCUUGAUGUAUCUGUUGCAACAGGGUGCUGAUCCGUCAAAGUGAGUGUGCUUGAUUCUGUGACACCCAUGAUAGUCAACCCCCCCACCCCCCACCUACAAGUUAUUUGUACUGCCUCGCAGACGCACCCAGACGCCAAGGUUUGCUAUGCUGCUGUCCUGCUAAAUCUUGUCCCGCAUGUGCAAUGGAAGAAUUAAGCAAUAUUUAGUAGAGCACUUGCUUUGCCAAAUUUUACAUUAUUCCCCCAUUUGCCAAGUUAUAGUGAGUUGGCUAUCAAGGAGAUUAUUUUGGAUGAUAAAACUACUUGCACUUGUUUUUUUUACACUAUAGGCCAAAUUUCAACGGAUUUACUCCAGUACACCAAGCAGCUUCCACAGGUCAUGUAAAUUGUCUGAGAGCUCUCACUGAUGCAGGAGCUGCGAUCAAUACUUAUGACUCUGAUAACCUGUUACCUGUCGACUACGCACGUAUAUGGGGACAUAGAAUGUGUGUACGGAUACUCAAUGCCCGUCAGUGGCAUAUUGACAAGGAAGAUGAACUAAGACAUAGAGUAAAAGCUGAGGAAGAAAGCCAACAAAUGCAAGAAGAAUUAGAUAGAUUAAAUUUUGAAGAAAAAACACAUAAAGUGGAAAGGUGUAAGACAGCAUUUGAGCAGUGGCUGAGUAACAAGGGUUUAUCAGAUACACUCGAGUGUUAUGAACCUUUUUCUGUGAAAGUAAUUGAUGGUAGACCAAGUCCAAAACCAAGGAAAAGUCCUUCCCCUGUCUUUCCAAAGGUUCAUACCACUGGUCUGAUUGCAAACUCAACCAUACCAGAACUUCCGCUGGAGUUGAAGUCUCUAUAUCAUCAAUAUAUGGAUGAAUUUGAUGAGGAGAAAAGACUAGAUUUAAUUCCACUUGCGAACGUUUCUGCAACAAAACGUCGGCAGAGGGCACAAGAUACCUUUAGGGCAAUGAGAGAUGCUGGAAUUCAGAAAUCAUAAUCGAGGUAGUUCACCGACUGGGAGCAACAAAAGACAGAAAAGACAAGCUUUAAUACCACUUGUAAAUGUUUCUUCUGCAUUUAAGCGAUGACAAAGAGUGCAGCAAGAUACAUUUAGUGCUAUUUCAGAGUUGCUAGAAUUCAAUUCAUUUAGUUCAUUUAGCUUGAAAAUUAAUGGUUUCUGGCAACUUGAAGUAAACAACAAAGGAAAGGUCUUAGUCAUACAGUCUGCAAAUUGGUUGUUGUGCAACUGAGCAUGGGACUCAGUAUAUGACUUUCCUGAUAUAAUAAAUAGAAAUAACUAUCAUUAUUUAUUAAUUUUAGAUUAAUUAUAUAUUAAUUAUAUAUUAAUUAUUUAUUAAUUAUAGAUCUAUUAAUUAUAUAUUAAUUAUUUAGUAAUUAUAAUUAAUUAUAUAUCACCACAAUCCAUUUGUAUGAUUAUACACAUUAAAAUUGUACUGAUGGAUUUGUAAUGUAUAAAUCUUAUGCAUGUAUGAACUGCUGGUGAAUUACUGCUACUACAGUAAAUGUUGUUGAGUAGAUUUACUAGAUUGCCAUACCACAAUCUGUUUAAACAAUGACAUUCGAAUUGGGUUUACUUGAAUAGUAGCCCCACGGCUAGUAAUCAAGCCUAUUUAGCCCCCUAAAAUUUCAUUAUUUUGUUUAAAUGCUUCACCAUCCUUACACAUUCAACCAGACACUGGCAUGUAAUUUGGUGCGACUUCCGCUCAAUUUCUUCAAAUCCCAUCUUUCGGUAAAAUGGCAGAGAAUUUAAUGAAGCAGACACAUUCACGAUUUCUACACCUUUCUCCAGUGCUUUAGCCUCAACUUCUUUGAACAAUAAUCUACCCAGUCCAUUCCUUGCAAAAUUUGGGUCAAUAAACAACCCUUUUAUUUCAAGCUCGUUAUUUGAACAUUGUUUUGAGCAUGAUUCAUUGGUAUCUUUAGUGUGCUCAAUAUGGUGAAUAAAACCCACCACAAUUCCAUUUUUCUUUGCUACAAUUAUAUCUCCACUUUCCAAAAAAGGUAUAUAUGUUUCUUGCUUUUGUUUUCCAGCCCAUGUUAAAAUUUCAUUUUCUCCAUAAUGGCUUGAGCAAAGUUGUUUUAUUGCUGACGUAUGUAUUUGGUAAAUUCUCUGGGAAUCUUCUAUUUUACCCACUUCAAGAGUACACAAUGCACCCUCCAUUUUUCUAAAAAUACCAAUAUGCAAU